UCCAAGAUGUUGGCAGCAAUGGCAGGCCGGUGACCUGCUUUAAGGUUAACCUCCAUUUUUCAAUGCAGAUUCGUCAUUUGACUGUGUAGGCGCCAUUUUGUCUUACACUUAAUAUAUUAACGAUAAAUUAUUAUUUAAUUAAAUAUUAGUGAUGAAUUGUAGUUUGUAUUAAUAAGGGAUAUUCAAUAUACAUAAUAUAUAAGAAUGGAUGGGCCAAAUCGUGGAUUUCGUGGGGGACGCGGUGGCCCACCUGGAGGCCCGCGCGGUCGUGGCGGCUUUGACAUGAGAGGCCGUGGUGGUCCUGGAAUGAGAGGCAGAGGUGGUCCACCACGGGGCGGUGGAAUGCCGCCACGUGGCGGUCCUCGUGGUGGAUUCCGCGGAGCACCCAUGCGUGGCGGGGGCGAUCGCGGUGGCCGCUUUCCACCAGGGCCUCAAGGCCCUGGCCCACACCCCGUUCCUACAAUCGAAAGUAGAGGACCUCCUCAAAGAGGUGGAUUUGGCAAUAAUCGAGGUGGUCCUGGUGGUAUGAGAGGGCGUGGAGGCAGGGGCAGAGGCGACUUUGCACCUCGCGGAGACAGGGGAUCUGGUAGGGGUGGUCCACACAUGAGAGGUCGAGGAGGUAGGGGUGGCCACGGACCACCACCAGUGGGGCCUCCCAUGCAUGACCCACAUGAGCCCAGUGGGCCACGGCCUCUGCCUCAGGGAGCCCCUGCACCCGCACCUUACAAACGAACAAGUGGACCACCACAUGGAGGACUCGGAGCACCUAAGCGCGGAAGGUUUGAUGGCCCCCGUGGUGGUGGUGGCGGUGGAAGACCUUCAGCUGGAGGCUACCAACCCCCACAACACAAUCCGGCCCCACAACCCAAUGGAUAUGAGCCAGCUCAUACAGGAUACCAACCUUACGAACAGCCUCAAGCCGAUCCAUAUGCUGCACCUUCAUACACCUCAAACUCAUAUCAAGGAGGCAGUUACUCAUCACCGGCUCCAGCUCCGGCCUCGACGGGAUACAACUCGGGCUACGGCUCUAAUUAUGGCUACUCAACAGGCCAAGGGGGAUAUGAAAAUGACAGUUACAGUAAUUCUGGUGGUGCUGGAGACGCGGGCUACGGAGCCAGCGAACCGGCUUACACGGCCCAAGAAUACGACUCGUACGGCCAGCCCGUAUACUCAUACCAACAACACCAACAACCCCAACAGUACAACAACGCCAACUAUGGCAGUUGGUGAUUGGUAAAGAAACUUAAAUCUCACAAAAUGUUGGAUUAAAAACAAGAAUGGAUAUAAUUGUAUUGUGAAAUAGUACAUUAUGUAUUUUAUACAGUGGUAAAAUUACCAUUUCUAGAAAUUAAGAAAUAAAAUAAUGCGAAUGAA